AUGGAUAGGUCGUUCGAAAACUGUCCAAGAAUUGCCCAGGUAUUCAUCGAAAAAGUUACUAGAAAUAGGCCCGAGUGGGUAGAUGCUGGUAACAUUAUUAAUAUUUUUGUGAAUGCUAUUUUAGCAGUCACUGCAACACUUGGGAAUGGAAUGAUUAUCGUGGCCAUCUUGAGAUCCCAGAACCUACAAACGCCAUCCUACUUACUGAUAACCACUUUAGCUUUUGCAGAUUUACUGUUUGGUUUGAUGAUUCAUCCUUUACACAUCGUAGGUGGUACUUUCUUCUUGCAAGGCAAUAUACGAGGGCUAUGCGCAAUGGCUUCUUUAUACAUAUUCUUUGGAUUGUUCCUUGGAUCUGUUUCAGUCAUGAUUGUCACAUGUAUCAGUAUAGACAGAUACUUGGCGCUUACUCUUAGACAUCGAUACACCAUCAUUGUCACCAAGAAACGAGUUCGUUACAUGAUUGUUUUCGUUUGUGUUUUGGCUUUCCUGGGAGCAUUUCCAAAUAUCUUUGAAAAGUACUUCGAUAUUUUUUCCCGUGCAAUGUUCUCUUGUUACAUGGCUCUCCUUUUAAUAACCUGUGUAUUCUACAUCAAGUCUUUCAGAGCUCUUCAUCUUUACACAGUCCAAGUUCACGCCCAACAACCAAACCCGUUGGCUAUUAACUUUGAUGUUGUCAGAUACAAGAAAACUUUAAAGACGAUGCUUUUAGUACUAGCAUGUCUUUUGAUCUGCUAUGUACCGUCAAUUUGUGCUUUUUCAAUGUGGAAAAUGUUAGAUAACCGAAAGGGAGAAUUGGUCGUUUAUUUUACAACCAUUACUCUGAUAUGUCUUAAUUCCAGUAUAAACCCAAUCAUUUAUUUGAUAAGGUUUGCAGAUAUUCGCAACGCUAUAUCAAAAGCAUAUCAGACAGGGCGGGAUAUCUUUCUUGAUAUUUUU